AGAUGCCACAGUUUUGAACAGUAGUAUGGAUGUAAAUAGAUUACUGUUGCUGGUUUUAAAAAACUGGAUAUUUUACAUUUAGAGUGAAUCCAGUAUUCUGCUCUUUGGCUUGGAAAGUGGAGAGCAUCUUCCCAUCAAGAUGGAGUCUUUCCUCUUGGAUGACAUCGGCUCCAUGAUACAGAACAAGGCCAUUGAGAGAAUCAUCUCACCAAUGACUGUUCAGCUUUGCCAUCUGAUCAUCUCAGUGGAGAGGAAAGACAUGGACAAUGAAGUAUUUGCCUCUUUGGAGAAGAUGGCAGAGGAACUGGCUCAAGCUAGUGAAGAGUUUGUGCAAAUUGCCCAAAGGCUGGCGGGAGACUCUGAGGAAGUGUGGCUCCAGGAGGAAAUGGGGGUUGCGGCGGAGUCUCUGAUCCUGUCUUCAAGGAAUAUCACGCUGGUAGCUCAGAAGCUCCAUCUUCAGCCGGAAUGUCAGAGCCACCAGGAGGAGCUAGUGACCACAGCUCAGCACAUCCUGGUAGACACCACGAAGGUCCUGCUGCUGGAAGACGCGGCGACGGCGAGGAAGAUGGUGCGAGCGGCGGGCUGGUGCCUGACUUGCCUGGACGCGCUGGAAGCGGCGGGCGACGCGGCCUCGCUGCGCGGCCCCUUCGCCGACCUGGCGGUGGCGCUGCAGAGCCUGGGCGGCCUGACUGCGCGCGGAUCCGAGGAGCGCCUGGGCCGGGCCAGCCGCCUGCUGCGGGGCUGCGUCCCUGUGCUGCUUGUGGCCGCCCGCGGCCACCUCCGGCGUCCCCGCGACCCGCGGCUGGCCGCCUCCCGGCGCCACGUCUUCGCUCUGGCCAGGAAGACCUUGGGCGAGCUCCUAGGGCGCCUGGAGCCCGGCGCCGCCCCAGCGGCCCGCGCCCCGCACGGCGCGCUCCCUCGGAGCCUGCGGCAGCUGCGGGAGCUGCUGGCGGCGCCCGGACCCGAGCGGCUGCGCGGCGGGCUGGACGCGCCGCUGGCGGCCGUGGUCUGGCACUGCAUGCGCCUGGCCGCCUGCUCCCCGCCGCCCGAGCGCCUGCGCCUAGUGGCCCGUUGCCGCCGGCUGCUGGAGCUGCGGAGCGCCGGCGUCCGGCGCCUGGACCCGAUUGACGGGCCUCCGGGGACGGGCGGGAACAGCCAGGAGCCGGGGGAGGAGUGCGCAGCGCUGUGGGCCGCGACUGAGGACCUCUCCCAGGAGGUCCGCACCGGGCUGCUGCGCCAGAUCCUGGACACGUUCACCGACACGCAAAGCCCUCUUCAAAGACUGGUCCGGGCCGCCUUGGCCACUCCCUCAGUCUCCUCCCGGUGCCAUGGCGAGGCCUUGCCUGAGAGCCUCCAGCUUCUCCUCGCUGCUUUCCACGACCAGGCCAACCGGAUGCUCAGAGUGGCUCACUUGGUCUUGGUUUGCUGCCCACGACAGCAAACUGGCGAAGACAUGGAGGCCACCAUGGCAGGCCUUUGGGGGCUCGUGGUCAGAGUGCGACAGCUUUUCUCACAAGGCCCCCAAGGGUCUGGUCUGGACUGGAGCCCUGCUGCCCUGCAGGCCCUGCUUCGGGAGUGGGCCAGGGCAUCUGAAGGCUUAUUAGCAUGUUUUGAUGAUGUUCUCGAUAUUCCUGAGUUCCUGAGUGUGUCCAUUCAGGAAAUGACCAAGCACUUGGACUUUUUUACAUGGGCUUUGAGGUGUGGAGAUUCCAGAGAGUUUGCUCCACUUGUGGCAUAUUUACAGGGUCGAGGGACACACAUAGUGCAGGUGAUGAGCAGGUAUGUGGACCAAGAUCGAGAUCCUAUUUUCCGGAAUGGCCUGAGAGUCUUGAUCCAGCAGCUGGAGCAAUCCUCCCGGGUCCUGGGUGAGGCUGGGGAGCAUUGUUCAGGCGGGCACGGCUCUCAGGACACAGAUGCGCUAUUAACCUUGGCGAAACAUGUGAUCUCUUCAGCUCAGAGCAUCCGAGAGGGGCUGGAUGGAACUAACCACCCAGAUAUCCUCAGUCCCCUUCGGGACCAAGUCCAGAGGUUGGACAUGGCUGAGAGACAGCCUUAUUUCAUUCUCUCCAGCCUCCAGGAUUGCACAGCUCCUGCACUGAAACACCAAAGGGAGCCUGGGUUGAGGAAAAGCGACAAGGGCACCUCCUAUCCACCUAGGGAUCAUCUUUUUUGCCCCUUGAUUUUUGACACCGGUCUACAGAAGGUGGACUCUCCACUCUCUGCCAUCAGCAAACCCAUGCUUGCUGUAGACAGCCUGAGCCACCAGGGAGUGACCUCGGCUCACACCAUCCUGCAGGACCAGGAUGCAGCUGUGGAGGCAGCUCAGGAGGCCCUGGCUGGAGAGGUACCACUGGGGUCAGAGACGAUGACUGGACUCCAAGAAAUCCCAUCACUAGCACCUUCUAUUAUUGACGUAGCAAGGGAGAUAGAACAUUGCACAACUGCUAGAACUGACAGGCUUCUGGAAGUGGCUCUCCAACUGUCUGGGAAGUCCAGGGAAACCAGGCAAAGUUUGGUAGCCAUAGCUGGUGACUGGUAUUCUCUGUGUCAACAGCUGUUUUGCAACAACCCAGCAGCUGAUCUUCAAGAGAACAUGACAGUGUUCAUGGAGCUUCAGCAGAACUUAGCCUCAAUGGUUCAACUAGCAGUCAAAAGUGGACCCAUGGAUUCGGGUAAGAAGGAUUCUGACUCAGCUGGGCACCCAGAAGCGCAUUUACAAGUGCAAGGCAGAUUGGAGGAGGCGGAGACCCAUGCCAAACAGCUUUUGGACAAAGUUCUGGCCUCUGAUGGUUUCCAAGCCCCCAGGUCGUGGGAGGAGAGCAUUGAGGAUGGGUGCCUUCUAUGGUCAGUGGCUGUCCAAGACUUGCUCCAGUGCCUGGAGAGGCUCAGCGGGAGACAAGGCCUGUUCCUACUGCCCCUGCGACAGGCUGUGAAGGACCAGCAGGGGCUGCAGGAAGGGUUGGCUCAGGCAGCAGAUGUUUCUCAAAGGCUCCAAGAGGCUGCUAGGCUGUCUUCUCUUCUGUGUGGGGAUGAGCAGGUAAAGAGUGAGAUCUCCUUUCUGUGCAGGGAGGUUCAUGUGCUCACAGAUGCUCUGCUGGAUGUGGCACAGAUCCUGGCCUCCUUCCCCAAACCAUCUCCCAGCCUGUCCACCCGCUUUGAACUUCUCUGCUUGGAGCUCACCCUUCAAGCCAAGGCCCUGACUGGCCACCUCAGCAGCAUCAAUGCAGACUAUGAACGUGUCCUCCAAGGUGCCUUCUGCCCGAGGCUCUCUGUGUGCAAAGACCCCCAGACCCAGCCAGAAGGCUCUCUGGAAAGAAUGGUGUCUGGUAUCCAAGCUGUGCAGGGAAUUGUGGCUGGAGGUCAGGAGUCUGGGCCCUGCCAGGAAGACCUUCUCAUGGCUCUGGAGAGCAUUCUCGUCCUCACCAAGGAGGUAGCCCAGCGGGUCCCUGUGCUCCGAGAAUGCCCAGAGGACUGGCUUCAGCAGGAGUGGGCAGCCAAGGCCCACCAUGCUGUGGCCCAGCUCCAGGCCUGGAAAGGUGGUCACACCAAGGCUUGGAGACUCCUGGCCCAGUGCUUGAAGCCCAGUGAUGAAGAGGACCCCACCCAGCCCCAGCUCCACCGUGGGGAGGGUCCACCAGGAGCCGCUGAAGCCAGCAGUGUAGAUUCCCAGGGUGCUGCUCCAAGAGACACCGCAGGGAGCUCAGUGGGGACCCGCACUCCGGAUCCAGGCAUCACCGGGACAGCCGCAGACCUGGGCACGGUAGGAAUCACCGGGACAGCCGCAGACCUGGGCACGCACCAGCAUAGCGGCACCCCUGGCAGCUUCCCCAGCUGUCCAGCCUGGCCGCACACUGAGGUGGACCUGCCUCUCCCAGAGGAUGGCAGCGUGAACAGUGGGAACAGAAUCACCCAGGUUACCCAGGAGAUGGCCAAGGAGGUGUUCCUGAUGGCGCAGAGUCUGAGGAGGAGAGGAUGCAUCCUGACCAAAGAACAGCUCAUUACCUCUGCCAGGAAAAUUGCGACUUCUGGACAAAACUUCGCCAGACUUAUCCGCAUCAUUGCUAAGAACUGUGUAGACCAAAGAUGUUCCCAGGAGCUUCUGUACAUGGUAGAGCAGAUUCAGACAAUGAGCAGCCAGCUCCGCAUCAUCUCCAGAGUAAAGGCCUCCUUGGCAAGAAGCAAGUCCUCUGAAGAGCUCCUGGUGGAAAAUGCACAGCGGCUCCUCCGUGCUGCCUCUAAGACUGUGAGGGCUGCAGAAGCCGCCAGUCUCCGGGGUUUGAGACAGCCUUCCCCAGAUCCGGAGGAACUGGAAGUUGCUGCCUUCUGCUUGCAGUGGAGAAGAAAAUUGCGAAGGCACAGACUUCAAGAAACCUCAGACCUCGACUGUGAUGAGCUGGGCCUGCGAAAAACAAGCACUAAAGGGCCCCCGACACUCGUGGCCCUGGUUCAAGAAGCCUUAUAAAAGCUGAGCAGUAUUCUCCAAGUCAGACUCUCUGUUGAUGUGUGCACUGGCCCUGAGACUCUGGGAGCCCAUGGAAUGUGCCUUUUAGGCCGAAUCAGCCUGUGGGGACACAGGGGGACACGGUGGGUUGGGUGGGUGCAGGGCAGCCAGGGCUGGGCCUUGAACAGAGCUAUCCCGACAGUAUUCCCAGUCAAGGGGACAGCUCUGGGCCCCUGGUGAGACUGCCGUCUUCCUGGGAAGGAUACUUAGCUUUCUGGGUUUAGAAGGAACAUCACACAUAGACUGGGCAAGGAUGGGGUAAAAAACACCCAAGCCCUAUUAGCUUAAGCCUAUAUUAAGAUGUUGCAAUGUGAAAACAGUCCCAGCACGUUCUACAGGGAUCCAGGAACUGAAAGAUUUAUGGAUUAGAUUGGUAGUCAGUCCGAGUUCACCUUGCGUGAAUAACUUGGCACUGUUCACACUUUCAAGGUGUGAGGAAACUGAAGAUGUGCUACUUGGGGAUACAGUGCAGGAGCUGCAAGUCUGAAGGCCCUGAGUUGUGAUUUGGUGAAUCUGGGUUUAGCAUCUGGGAUGGAGAGGAACAGUUGGGCAUUAAGGUCUUGGAGAGUCAGUGGAAAUUUUUCAGUUCUCAGGAUCUUUCACAAAACCUAUUUGGUAAAGGAAUGAGGAGACCAGUGACCUUCACCUCAGGGGUUGAACUGCAUGGGCCAAAAGUGGAGAACUGGGUCUGGAGGAGGGGGAUGUAGACAGGGACUGGAUACAUGAUCUCGGAGCAGGGAUGCCCUGGGGGCUGGGGCCUUGCUUGUUUGGGGGACAUCGUGCCACCCUCUUAUAUUCUGGUACGGCCCAUAGGGAGGAGGGCUGACACUAGAUGAGGCAGAAUUUCCCACAACCCAGUGGGAUUGUGGUUCAGAUUUACAGUAAAUAAAGAUAGGGAUUUCUUUCCACUUUAAAAAAAAAAAAAACAGAAUACAAUGUGAUGUUUUGCCUUGUAUACACCCAUUAAAUCAUCACUACAAUUGGGAUAAUGAAUAUAUGCAUCACCCCAAAAGUGUCCUCACUCCCCUCCGGGGUCCCUGGAAUGACUGAUCUGCUUUGUCACUUAAUGAUUAAUUUGAGGGACUUCCCUGGUGGUCCAGUGGUUAAGACUCUGUGCUCCCAAUACAGGGGGCCCGGGUUCGAUCCCUGGUCAGGGAACUAAAUCUUGCAUGCCACAACUAAGAGAUCUUGCAUACCGCAACAAAUAUCCCGCACGCAGGAACCAAGAUCCCACAUGCCACAACUAAGACCUGGCGCAGCCAAAUAAAUAAAUAAAUAUUUUAAAAAUAAAUAAAAUUUGUCAACCUAACCCGUUUUAAGAAAAAAAAUUAGUUUGAUUAGUUAUCUGCAAAUCAAUCAAUGUUAUACGCCACGUUAACAAUUAGAAUAAAAAUCAUAUGAUCAUCUCAACAGAUGCAGAAAAAGCUUCUGACAAAACUCAACAUCCAUUUAUGAUAAAAACUCUCAAUGAAGUGUGCAUAGAGGGAACAUACCUCAACAUAGUAAAGGCCAUAUAUGACAAGCACAUGGCUGUCAUUGAAAAAUUAAUCAGUCAAUCUAAGAAAGAAAUGGAAGAUUUUAUUUGAGCCAAAUUGAGGAUUGUUACCUGGGAACAGCCUCAAGGAAAGUUCUGAGAACUGUUCUGCCCAUUAGAGGUCAAAGCACAGUUAUGUAAGUUUUUAAGACAGAGGCUGUACAUAAAUAACGUAUUGUUGACAGUUUAUACAAUGUAGUGAAUAGUGGGUCAUGGUUCAUCGUGGUCCCUUACAAGAUUAAGAAGGAAUGUUAUCUUUUAAGUUGCCUUGUUGGUGCUGGGAGAAUGUUGCUCUUUAUGGUGGAGCAGAUAUUCUGCUGAUUGGAAAAUGUAAUAUAAUGCAGGUGCACAAAGCACAGCAGAGAGGAGAGAGGAGGCCAAAGUGCAGAGAAAAUUUUUGAUGUUUAAAUUUUUCUUGACUUGUCAUAAAAUAUGAAUUUUAUUUCACACAGCUAACAUCAUACUCAAUGGUGAAAAGCUGAAAACAUUUCCUCUAAGAGCAGGAACAAGACAGGGAUGCCUAUUCUCACCACUUUUAUUCAACGUAGUAUUGGAAGUCUUAGUCACAGCAAAUCAGACAAGAGAAAGAAAUUCCUUUUAUCUAAAUUGGAAAGGAAGAAGUAAAAUUGUCACUGCUUGCAGAUAACAUGAUACUAUAUAUAGAAAAUCCCACAGAUACCACUAAAAAACGAUUAGAACCAAUACAUGAAUUCCGUAACUUGCACAAUACAAAAUUAAUAUAACAGAAAUCUGCUGCAUUUCUAUACACUAACAAUGAUAUAUCUGAUAAAGGGCUAAUAUCCAAAAUAUACAAAGAGCAUAUACAACUCAAUAUGAAAGAAAAAAACAAAUUUAAAAAUGGGCAGAGGGGGACUUCCCUGGUGGCGCAGUGGUUGAGAGUCCACCUGCCAAUGCAGGGGACACGGGUUUGUACCCCGGUCUGGGAGGAUCCCACAUGCCGCGGAGUGGCUGGGCCCGUGAGCCAUGGCCGCUGAGCCUGCGCGUCUGGAGCCUGUGCUCCACGACAGGAGAGGCCACGACAGUGAGAGGCCCGCAUACCGCAGAAAAAAAAAAAAAAGGCAGAGGACCUGAACAGACAUUUUUCCAAAGAAGACAUACAGAUAGCCAACAGGCACAUGAGAAGAUGCUCAACAUCAUUAACUGUCAGGCAAAUGCAAAUCAAAACCACAAGGAUAUAUAUCACCUCACACCUGUCAGAAUGGCUAUUAUCAAAAGACAACAAAUAAGUGUUGGUGAGGAUGUGGAGAAAAGGGAACCCUCGUGCACUGUUGGUGGGAAUGUAAAUCGGUGCAGCCACUAUGGAAAACAGUAUGGAGGUUCCUCAAAAAAUUAAAAAUAGAACUAGCAUACGUCCAGAAAUUCCAAUUCUGGGUAUUUUUCCAAAGAAAACAAAAACACUAAUUUGAAAAGCUAUAUGCAGCCCUAUGUUCACUGCAGUACUAUUUAUAAUAGGCAAGAUGUGGAAGCAACCCAAGUGUCCAUCAACAAAUGAAUGGAUAAAAUAUACAUACACAAUGGAGUAUUACUCAGCCAUAAAAGAAGAACGAAAUCUUGCCAUUUGCAACAACAUGGAUGGACUCAGAGGGUAUUAUGAUAAGGGAUAUAAGUAUGACAGAGAAAGGCAAACACCACAUGAUUUCACUUAUAUGUGGAAUCUAAAAAACAAAACAAAUAAACAAAAUGAAAAUAGCCUCAUAGAUACAGAGAACAAAAGGGUGGUUGCCAGAGGGAAGGGGUGAGGGGAUGAGUGAAACAGGUGAGGAGAAUUAAGAGGUACAAAUUCCAGUUGUAAAAUAAAUAAAUCACAAGAUUUAAUGUGCACAAUAAGGGAUAUAGUCAAUAAUAUUGUGAUAACUUUGUAUGGUGACAGAUGGACACUAGACUUACUGUGGUAAUCAUUUUGUAAUGUAUAAAAAAUUGAAUCACUCCGUUGUACAUCUGAAACUAAUAUAAUAUUGUAAAUCAAUUACACUUCAAUUAAAAAGAUUAGUUUGCAUUACCUAGGAUUUGUGUAAAAAUGGAAUCAUACAGUAGGUGUUCUUUUACCCCUCUAGCUUCUUUCAUUCAGCAUAAUUAUUUUGAGAUAUCCAUGUUACUAUGUAUAUCAAGAUUCAUUCUUUUUCAUUGCCUAGUAGUAUUCCAUUAUAUGGAUAUAGGACAAUUUGUUUAUCCACUCGCCUGUUGAUGGACAUUUGUGUUGCUUGCAGUUUGGGGCUGUAACAAAAAUAUCUGCUAUGAACAUCUUAUGUAAGUCCUUGUACACACAAAUGCUUUCAUUGCUUCAGGAACAUUUCUAGUAGCGGAAUGGCUGGGUGGUAGUGUAAGUGAAUGUUUACAUUUUUAAGGAAACUGCCAAUUUUUUUUUCAGAAUGUCUGUAGUGUUUAACAUCCCUACCAGCUAUGUGUGAGAGUUCCAGUUCCUCCACUUCCUCUCCAAUACUUGGUAUGGUCAUUCUUUUUCAUCUUAGCCUUGUAAUAGGUGAGCAGUGGUAUUUCACUGUGGUUUUAAUUUGCGUUUCCCUAAAGACUUAUGAUGUUGACAUCUUCUCAUGUACUUAUUUGCUAUCUACACAUCUUCCUUGCUGAAGCAUCUUUUCAAAUCUGCUGCCUAUUCUUUUUUUCUGUUUUUUUUUCUUAUUGUUGAAUUUCGAGAGUUCUUUUCAUAUCCUAGAUACAAGUUCUUUUGUUCAGUAUGUGAUUGCAAAUACUUUCUUCCAGUCUGUAACUUGUCUUUUCAUUCAUUUAACAAUGUCUUUUAAUUUUUAAGUACAAUUUAUCAAUUUUUGGGGGGGUAUAUGGAUUAUGCUUUUUGUGUGCUAAGAACUCUUUGCCAAACUUAGGUCACAAAAUUCUAUGUUUUCUUCUAAAAGACUGAGAGUUUUACAUUUUACAUUUAGAUAUAUAUCACAUUUUGAAUUAAUUUUUGUUUGAAGUGUGAGGCAGAGGUCAAGAUUUGUUCAUUUGGGUUUCUUUUUUUUGUAUAUGAAUGUCCCAUUGUUCCAACACUAUAACUUUAAAUGACUAUCUUUUUGCAUCAAAUUGUGUUUGCACCACUGACAAAAACCAACUGACCAUGUUUGUGCAAGUCUGUUUCUAAAAUCUGUAUUCUUUUCCAUUAAUUUGUAUGUCUAUUCUUUCAUGAAUAUCACACUGUCUUCAUUCUUGUAGUCUUAUUGCAAGCUUUACAAUCCAGUAGUUUAAGUCCCCCAACUUUGUCCUUUGCAAAAUGAUUUUGGUUAUUCUAAUUUUUUGGCCUUUCAUAUACAAGCUGAUUCUAGAAUCAGCUUGUCUGUUAUCUCCAGAAAAUUUUGCUGGGGUUUUGAUUGGAAUUACAUUAAAUCUAUAGAUCAGUUUGGAGAAAACUGACAUCUUAACUAUGUUGAGACUUACAAUCCAUGAGCACAGUGUAUCACUCCAGCAUUUUGUAGUUUUUAGCAUAAGGUUCCGUGCAUAUUUUAUAUAUUAAACCUCAAUAUUUCACUUUAUAGAAUUGUUGUAAAUGGUACCAUUUAAAAAAUUUUUGUUUCCAAAUUUUAUUACUAAUAUACAGAAAUACAACUGAUUUUUAAAAAUGUUAACCUUGUAUCCUGCUACCUUCCUAAACUCACUUAUUGCUUCUAGGAGCUUUUUGUAGAUUCCUUAGGAUUUUCUAUGUAGAUAUAACUGUCAUUACUGUAAAGUUUACUUCUUCCUUUUUAAUCAGUCUGUCUUUUAUUUCUUUUCCUUGUCUUAUUGUGCCGGCUAGAACUUCCAAUAUAAUGUUGAAGAGGAGUGAGAGUGGACAUUCUUGCCUUGUUAGGGGGAAAGCAUUCAGUCUUUCACCAUUAACUAUAUUGCUAGCUGUAGGCCUUUUUGGUGAAUGUCCUAUAUCAGGUUAAGAAAGUUCCUUUCUAUUGUUAUAUGUGAGAAUUUUUAUCAUGAGUGGAUGUUGAAUAUUGUAAAUACUUUUAAUGCAUUGCAUUAAUUAAUAUAACUACGUGGGCGUUUUAAUUUUUGUUUUGUUUUUGUUUGUUAAUAUGCUAGAUUACAUCAAUCAACUUUCAAAUGUUGAAACAACCUUGCAUUCCAAGGAUAAACACCACAUGGUCAUGACAUAUUAUUCUUUUGAUGUAUCGUUAGAUUCUAUCUGCUAGUAUGUUUUUGUUGAGGAUUUUUGUGUUUGUGCUCAUGAGGAACAUUGGACUGUAGUUUUUGUUUGUUUCUUUGUACUGUCUUUGGUUUUGGUAUUAGUGUAAUACUGGCCCCAUAUAAUGAUUUGGGAGGUGUUCCCUUCUAUUUUCUAGCAGAGAAUUGGUGUUAUUUCUCUUUUAAAUGCUUGAUAAAAUUCAUCAGUGAUACUUUAUGGGCCUGGUGUUUUCUUUAUGGGAAGAUCUUAAUUAAAAUAUUAUUUUUAAAUAGGUAUAGGAUAUUCAAGGUGAAUACUGGUAGUCUGUGGAGUUAACGGAAUUGUUUAUUUCUUUUAAGGUCAAAUUUAUUGGCAUAAAGUUAUUCAUAAUAUAUUAUUAUUCUUUUACUAUCUAUAGGAUCUGUACUUAUGUCACUUCUCUCAUUCCUGAUAUUGGUGAUUUGUCUUUACUCUUUUUUUCCUAAUAAGCCUCUGUAGAGAUUUCUCAUCUCGAUUUUAUUUAUUUUUUUAUAUAACCAGCUCUUGGUUUUGCUGACUUUGUCUUAGAUUUAUGUUUUCUAUUUCAUGAAUUCCUUAUCUUAUCUUUAACAUUUAUUUUCUUCUGAUAACUUUUGGUUUAAUUCUCUCUUCUUUUCAAGUUUCUGAAUGUUGAUGGUAAGGUCUUUGUUUUGUGGCAUUCUUCUUUUCUAAUAUGGGCAUCUACUGCUGUACAUUUCUAAGCCCUAUUUUUGCUUCAUCCCACCAAUUUUGAUAUUUUUUUAUUUCUCAUUAUACAUUCUAAUUUCCUUUUUAAAUUAUUUGUUGACCCAUGGAUUACUUGGAGCUGUGCUAUUUAGUUUCAAAAUAUCUGGGGGAAUUUCCAGAGAUUUUCUGUUUUGACUUCUGAUUUAAUUCCUUUAUGGUCAAAAAACAUACCUUGUAGUACUUGAAUCCUUUUAAAUUUAUUGAGCCUUGUUUUAUGGCCUGGGUUAUAGUCUAUCUUGAUAAAUGUUCCAUGUAUACUAGAAAAGAAGUGCAUUCUGCUGUUGUUAGUUGGAGUACUCUAUAAAAACCAAUUAGGUCAAGUUGACUGACACUGUUGCUCAAGUAUUUGAUGUCCUUACUGAUUUUCCUUCUACUUGUUCUAUCAAUUUUAAGAGUAGGAUAUUGAAAUUUGCAAAUGUAAUUGUGAAUUUGCGUAUUUUAUAGUUCUAUCAGAGUUG